CGUUGCCGUGGCUACACGCGGAAGUUAUCGUACGCACCUGUUACACUUUCAAACAGGAAAGGGAACGAAUCAAUACAUAUUUACUCGAACGAAGUAGCCUCGAGCCAGGCUUUUUUUUUCAGCUCGAGUCGUCUUUUUUGGAUUGUUUUUAAAAUAAAACGUUAACCUGAAGCUUUAUGGACAAAUUAAAGAAAGUUUUGAGCGGCCAAGAUGGCAAUGACGACCUCAACGUACUGCAGGCAGCGAAUGAAGGAGCCACACUGGGAUGGGGCACGCGCGUCAAGGGAUUCCUCGCGUGUUUUGUGGCGGGCGUCUUAUGCUCGCUUUUGGGAACCUGCUUGCUUUGGGUGCCGAGAAACGGACUGACACUCUUCGCAGUCUUUUACAGUUUAGGUAAUAUUGCUUCUCUGUUGAGCACAAUGUUCUUAAUGGGUCCAUUAAAGCAACUGAAGAGGAUGUGUGACAAGACGAGAGCUCUGGCUACUGGCAUUAUGAUUACAUGCCUGGUGCUAACCUUCUGCGCUGCUUUUUGGUGGAAGAACAAAGGCCUUGCUCUGCUCUUCUGCAUCCUCCAGUUUUUGGCCUUUACAUGGUAUAGCUUAUCCUACAUUCCUUUUGCAAGGGAUGCAAUUAUUAAGUUGUUCUCCGCGUGCUUCAAGUGAGAUGCCUCUACAUUUGGCCUUGGCUGUCUCUCUGUGUGCUGCUUUGGCUUUAGCUUCGGUGCUGCCUUCAAUGCCACUCAUGUACCCACUCUGCAGCCUGGCACAGACACCACACCACACUACAGGCUCCCCUCGCUCUUCCUAACGGAUGGACACUCUCCAUCUGUGUACAAGCACACGCGGACAAGUACUAUCUCUCUCUCUCACGCACACCUGUGCUUUACAUUCUGUGAAGGAUGAAACUAUCUAAUUAGGUAAAUGGUUGAGUUUCGGACUCUGCCCUGUAACUAGUCACAUGUUUGGUGCAGCAAGAUGGAGCAGCUUAUUUUAUAUUUAACUGCUGCUGUGUAAUUGCUUAAUAAUUCCUUCCUACGUGCCUUCCUCUCUGCCGAUUACUUGAGUGCUAGAUUGGGUAGAAAUGUAACCAGUGUUUGCAGUUUUUUAGUGUUUAGUUUUUCUUUUUUGCUAGAACAAUACAGCGAUGAAGGGCUUUCUAAUUAAUUGAUCCUAUUAUAUUUUAGUUUAGAAGUUAUCUUUUAAGUAAAGGGAUGACAGAAACGUAACUUGUUUUAUCUUAUUAGAUAGUCAAAUAUUAAACACUCGUUAGGGUGCCAAUGUAUAUCUUUAUGGUCCACUUGUCUUCAAACUACUCUACUUCUUUGCAUUUGGCAAAAUGACGUGUCUUUUUCCGAUCGACGUUUCAUAUGUCUGUCUUUAUAUUUUCAUAUCAUGUCAGACACAUUUCUGUAUUACCUGUGUAAUUUAAAAAUUUCAGUGGUAGCUUUCCUUUUUGUUGUCUUUUUAAAAAGUCACUGUAUGUCUGCUAAGGUAUUUACUGCAAAGAUUCCUUUUAUUUAUGUGCAUAAAAAUAUUUUUCCCGACCGAUAAAUACAUUCCAGAAUUAUUUCAUCAUGACUGAAAUGGAAAACCUCCCUACAUCACCAUGAUUAAUUGCCCAUGUUUGUUCCAUUUAUAUUGAUUUGCGUUAUUUCUAUGAAAAGAAUUGCUAUCCGAGGUGUUUAAUUGUUACUGCUGAUGUACGGACAUUAUAACAAUCGUUGCUAUUAAAAGUUACUCAGAUCCA